AUGGCGAGUGGCUCCUUCGCUCGCGACCAAGCGACGAGGAGACUGAGGGCUGCAGCAGCGGCAACGGCGGCGGCUCUCUCUGCGGUGGCGACCACCCCACUUCUUUCCUCGGGCAUCCCUACCGCACUCAUUGGGACCGGGUCGUCUUGUCCGGGAGCCAUGUGGCUCUCCACGGCCACCGGCUCCCGGUCAGACUCGGAGUCUGAUGAGGAGGACCUCCCCGUCGGGGACGAAGUCUGCAAACGCGGCUACCUUCGGAAGCAGAAGCACGGCCACAGGCGCUACUUCGUGCUCAAACUCGAGACAGCCGACGCCCCGGCUCGGCUGGAAUACUAUGAAAACGCCAGGAAGUUCCGGCACAGUGUCCGCGCCGCGGCGGCGGCGGCUGCCUCCGGAGCCGCGGUCCCCGCGCUCAUCCCGCCGCGGCGCGUGAUCACCCUGUACCAGUGCUUCUCCGUGAGCCAGCGAGCCGACGCCAAAUACCGACACCUCAUCGCCCUCUUCACCCAGGAUGAGUACUUCGCCAUGGUGGCCGAGAACGAGUCGGAGCAGGAGAGCUGGUACUUGCUGCUCAGCCGCCUCAUCCUCGAGAGCAAGCGCCGCCGCUGCGGCACGCCGGGCGCGCUGCCGAAUGGGGAGCCAGCCCGGCCGGCGGCUGCAGCGGCGGCGUCCGAGCCACCCUUCUACAAGGAUGUGUGGCAGGUAGUAGUCAAACCCAGGGGGCUGGGGCACAGAAAAGAGCUGAGCGGCGUGUUCCGGCUCUGUCUUACCGACGAAGAGGUGGUGUUCGUGAGGCUGAACACCGAAGUGGCCAGCGUGGUUGUCCAGCUCUUGAGCAUCCGUCGCUGCGGGCACUCGGAGCAGUAUUUCUUCUUGGAAGUCGGCAGGUCCACGGUCAUCGGCCCCGGGGAGCUCUGGAUGCAGGUCGAUGACUGUGUGGUAGCCCAAAACAUGCACGAGCUGUUUCUGGAGAAGAUGAAAGCCCUGUGUGCAGAUGAGUACCGAGCCCGCUGCCGCAGCUACAGCAUCAGCAUCGGCGCCCACCUGUUAACCCUGCUGUCCGCUAGGAGGCACCUGGACACGCUGCCGCGCGAGCCCGGCGGCUGGCUGAGAAGGUCCCGCUUUGAGCAGUUUUACCACUUCAGAGCCAUCGGCGACAGGGAAGACGAGAUGCCCCUCACCAGGCCCUACCUGACACCCAGCGAACCCGUGCCCACCUCCAGGCGAGCAAGGCUGCACCUGCCUAGAGCGCGCAGGUCCAGGAGAGCGAUUUCAGUGCCUGCCAGCUAUUUUCGCCGCCUCCCAUCCAGCCCGGUACGUGUCCCGCAUCCUGCAGAAGUCCCGAACCACAGAGCUGGCCUGUCUCCUGAAGCCUCUGGAUAUGGCAACUCUGGGGAAGAAGACAGUCCCCAAGGCCAAGAGGCUCAGGAAGGAAACGGAGGUGACUACAUGCCCAUGAACAGAUGGGGCUCGGGCAACGGCCAGGGUUCCGGAAGUGGCCAGGGCUCGAGUGGCCAAGGCUCCAGUAGCCAGGGUUCAGGAGGAAGCCAGUGCUCCGGCGGGGGGCAGGGCUCCAGUGGUGGCCAGGGCUCAGGGAGCCAGGGUGCAGGAGGAAACCAGCGGUCAGGAGAUGGCCAGAGCACUGCAGGUGGGCAAGGCUCGGGCAGUGGCCAGGGAGCCAGCGGCGGUGGACAUGGCUCCGGCGGUGGGCGGGGACCCGGAGAUGGCCAUGGCUCAGGCGGGGGUAAGAGCCACGGAGGGGGUAAAGGUUCAGGAAGUGGGAAAAUCUCGGAGGGCAAUGGUGAGCGUGGAAAAUCUCUGAAGAAAAGGUCCUACUUUGGCAAAUUAACUCAAAGCAAGCAGCACGUGCCACCCCCUCCACCUCCACCCCCACCGGCUGGAGCAACUGGUAGCAAAGGGAAGUCUGGGGGAAGGUUCCGACUUUACUUUUGCGCUGACAGGGGAACCCCAAAAGAACGCAAAGAGGCCAAGGAGGUCAAAGACUUAGAGACACUGGAAGGUGCAGCUCAGGGGCCCCACAGAGCCAGAGCUUUUGACGAAGAUGAGGAUGACCCUUACGUGCCAAUGAGGCCAGGGGUGGCUGCCCCUCCCCCAAGCUCCAGUGACUAUAUGCCAAUGGCUCCUCAAAACUUCGCUCCUUCAAAAAUGCACCACUCUCGAUCACCUUUUGAGGAUUCAAGAGGGUACAUGAUGAUGUUUCCCAGAGUGAGCUCACCACCUGCCCCAAGUCCCCCGAAAGAGGCAGAUCCUGAAAAGGAGGACGAGUCAAAGGACAAUGACAGUGAGAGUGACUAUAUGUUUAUGGCUCCUGGAGCCGGUGCAAUUCCAAAAAAACCCCCAAAUCCUCAGGGUGGCUCUUCUUCUAAAAACUGGAGCUCUUACGUUUCCCUGCCAAACCCUUUUCAGGGCUCCCCAUUGGGACAGAGUGACCACAGUGAGUAUGUACCAAUGUUACCUGGAAGGUUCCCAGGGAAGGGCCUAGACAAGGAAGCCUCAUCCAGCGGGGGCCCCAAAGAUGCAGUUUCAAAGCCUUCAGCUGAGGGGUCAUUCUCAAAGCGUGGAGAUGGGGCAUCACUGACAAAGCCUUCAGAUGACGGCCCCCCCAAGAACAAGGCUAAGAGACCUAACAGCCUCUCUUUCAUCACAAAAGGAAAUAAAAUCAAGCCAAAAUCACAAAAGCCCACUCGUGAACAGAGAGGAGCUGACAGCUCUCAUGACUACGUCAACAUUGACUUCACUAAGAGAGAGAGCAAUGUGCCAGCCCCCUUUAUUCACGGACUGCCAGGUUCGUGGGGCAUCAUUGCUGGCCCCAGACCGUCAGCCUUUUCUAACUAUGUGAAUGUUGAGUUCGGGCUGCCAUUUCCAAACCCAGCACACAGGCUCUCGAAUCUUUUAAGAGCCAUUCCAGGUGCCAACCCCCUUUAUCUGGAAGGUGCUAGGUGGCCACUUGUGCCUCUUCCUCCCAACACUGCAGGUGGCAGUGCGAAUGAGGAAGAGGGUGACUACAUUGAAGUGAUUUUCAAUCCAGCAAUGACACCGGCCGUGCCUUUUGGUGACAGGGCCAUUCGCUAUGAUGCCGAAACAGGUCGCAUCUAUGUGGUCGACCCAUUUUCAGAGUGCUGUAUGGACAUUUCGCUCUCCCCCGGCCGCUGUUCCGAGCCACCACCUGUAGCCAGGCUGCUGCAGGAAGAACAACCGCCGGAGCGAAGACGCCCGCAAAGCCGUUCGCAAAGUUUCUUUGGGUCGGCCAGGGCCGCCUUCUCAGCUUUCUCAACGGACAGCCUCGAGAGAGACCUCUCGAGCCCCUUGGCCGCGGCCGCUGCUGCUUCGGCCGCUGCGCCCGCCUUAGCCUUGAGCCAGGCGUUUGCCGCCGCCUCUGCCCUCGUCGUGGCCCCGGGCGUCGGGGCAGCCGCCAGGGGCUUGGAGGCCGCCGCAGGCUUUAACUCCGCCUCUGCCCGCUGGUUCCAACCUGUUGCUGGCGCCGCGGCCGCGGCCGCCGCCGAAGCGGUCAGGGGGGCCCCAAACGUGGCCGGUGGCUCGAACCUGAGAGCCCCCAACCCAUCUGCAGACCUAGCUGGCGGUGAGAACGGGGCCGCAGCGGCCGCCCCCAGACCGCCGCCGCGCCGCCCCGUGCCGAGACCCCCGGGGCGAGAGGAUCCUGACGAAGACGACGAUGACGACAACAUCUACGUGAGAAUGGACUUUGCCAGACCUGACAACAAGAAGUUCGACUCUCCACGCAGAGGUCCUGGAACUGAAGCUGCUGUUAAGAACUUUCCCAUGGUCAAAGAGAGUGAUUACAUUGCCACAAAAACACACUUUAGAAGACAAGUGAUGCUUAUGAAGUUUCAUCUUUGUCCACUCCAGAUCUGCCUAAAAGAAAGAACAUUCAGAGGCUUCUGAAUAGAAAACAGCCUGAAUUUCUAAAAGCUGAAAAAUGGAUGCUCGCAGGUGAAU